UGUGUUGUGCUGUGUCUGAAAACCCCUGAAAGAAGCUUUUAUAAAUUGAGGAACCCACAGAAAUUGCUAUUCCCCUCUGCACCAACAAAAGCCGGUCAUCGUCAUCUUCCCAUACUCUAGAGAGAGCGGAUCCUCCUCCUCCGGCGAUGCUAUCGAAGCCAGUGAUCGAGAUCCUCACCGGAUCAUUGGUUUCCGGCAGCGAUUCCGGUCAGUCGGAGGUUUUUAAGAGCCCGAGGCAGUCGCCUCGAGGAAUUAAGAAAAGCUUCGAUUUCGGUGGGGUUGGAUUGGGCAUCGUUGCUGCGCUGGAGAAAUCGGACGGGAUUGCGGCCAAUUCCGCGCUGUUCAACCGGAAUUUGAGCCGAUCUAAGCCGAUUCCGGUGAGAAACGCCAACGCGUGUGGCGGAGGCAGAAAGGGGGACGAUCGGACUCCUUUCAGAAUACAGAACAGCAACCGCAGCAGCGUUUUUCACAUAUCGCCGCCGAGGUUCGCCGGAGAGGCCAGCGGUUUCCCCUCGCCGGAUUUUCUCAGUUUCUGCGACUUAUGCCACAAGAAACUCCACGGCAAAGAUAUAUAUAUGUACAGGGGAGAGAAAGCAUUCUGCAGCACAGAGUGCAGGUACAGGCAAAUGACGGUGGACGAGCGCACAGAGAAGUGCAGCUCCAAGGCGUCGAGGCCCGCGGCGGAAGUCGCCGCCGGAUCACCGUACGCCAACGGACAGAUCCUCACCACCGGAAUCCUCGCGGCCUAGCCGUUCAUAUUACCACGGUUAGAGUACAUAUGUAAAAAAAAAAAACAAAAAGAAGCUGAUCCGGAUCAUAAUUGAA